GCGCCUGCGCACCAGCGCGCGCCCCUAUCUCCAUCCCAGGCUGUCGCUGACGAACAAGCUCCCGUCGACGCCGAAGACCAGCUUGGUUUUGGGGCGGUGUUGGCGCUCUUGCCUCCAUAAUAUGUCAAAUUACCUUGCAACGUCUGAUGCUAGAAAUUGCAAGAGACCAAGAGAACUGGAGCCUCACAUGCCAGAUAGUCCACAACAGUCUUCUCUUGGAAAGACAGAUUCCUAUUUCUCUGAUUGCGCUGGACUAUUUUUUAAAGAUGAAACCCUAGAUAAAGAUUUAAAUGAUACGAGCAAGGAAAUUAGCGUAAUGCUGGUUGCUUAUGCAAAGGUCUUAAGUGAGAGAGCAGCAGUAGAUGCAUCUUAUAUUGACGAAAUAGACGAACUCUUCAAAGAAGCCAAUACUCUUGAAAACUUUAUAGUACAAAAAAGAGAGUUCCUGAGACAGAGGUUUACAGUAAUCGCAAAUACACUGCAUAGAUAAGAUUGUGUACUUAAAAUGAGCUGAGAAUUUAAGCCGUUAUUGUUGUAAUGAAAGGAUAACAUUUAUGCUCUCAAAGUUGUCUAGUUGUUAAAGAGCAUGUGUACAUUAAACAUAGGAAAAUCCUUGAAUUUCUUUUCUGGAUUUAAAAGGGACUUUAAGUUGGAUAUUAAUAUGAAGCCUUGUAGCUUUUCUUUUGAAGGUCAAAUAUUUGGCAUACUUUCUGAAAGUGUAACUUAAAUUAUAUAUGGGUUCUUUUUUUCUUAAAAAUUCUAGCCUUUCUUAAAUUUCUAAAAGGAGAUUCAAUGAGUUAAUUUGAUAUUGUUUAACAAGGAGACUCAAUGAGUUAAUCUGAUGGCGUUUAACAAUAUUGCAGUUUUUCUUUCACAGUAUUUUGUUUAAAUUGCAGAUAGCUUUGGAGAUAGUAUUAAAAUGUUUUUCAUGGAUUAAUAUUAUAUAAAAAUCCUUAAAAGUAUAAAACCUUAAAAAUAUGUUCCAUUUUUCCCAAUAUGUAAUAAAAUGUAACUGUGUUAAUGCUACUUAAUAUUACCCUUUGAUUAUUUUUGUUAUUUGUUAUUAUACAUGGUUAAUAAAAAUUCUUGGUCUAAAAUUACUUUCUUGUGGUAAAAGCAGUAAAAUAAAAGCCAGAAAUUACUAAUCAGAACCUUUUAUGAGUUGACUUUUUCACACAUCAACCAAAUCACUGAUACUGUUAAUGUAUUAUGUUUAGAAGCCUUAGCAGCAGUUUGGUAUGGGAUAAAGAAGAGUAGUCUACAGUAAAAAAAAAUUGGUGGUUAAGUAUAAAAAAAUACUGUUUGUAGAGGGGCACACUACUGGCACAGGAAGGGUUGGUCAAUGAAGUAGAAAUGGAAUUUUUAAAUACUAAAUGCAACCAGAAAAUUAUAUUUGAGUUGAUGAGACAAAUUAGCUGAAGUUUAAAUCAUUCUAUCACCUUACAGAAUUCUUUAAUGCUUGGAUUAUAAAGAUGACUUUACUGGCCCAUGCUCAUUUAAAAACUGUUCCUUACUUAUUUUUUCUAAGCAUUUAUUAUUAAUGUGAAACAAGAGACUGACAUAGUUUUAGAUUGAAUUUUAUAAUAUAUUGGUUACGUAUUGAACGUGUCACCGUUGUUUAGCAUCUGUUUCUUCCCUGGGCAUAAGAAUCAGAACCUGGAUUUGAUCAUUUCAUUUGGUAUGAUUGAGACUAGGGAACUGAUUAUUUGAAGAUAUUUUAUAUUGAAAUUUGCCUGUGUUUUUAAUAACAAGGCUAUCUGGGCCUCCCUGUUGGUGCAGCU